AUGUACAGUGGCCCUUUGGGGGCGCGGCUGCCGACAAUGCAGCGGUUUGCGGACAGCCUGGCAGUGAAGCUGCGAGAGGAGGCCGGUCCUACUGCCGCUCCCGCUGCGCAGGCAGCGCAGGCAGCGCAGGUCGUGGAGCGGAGAGCCGACGAGCGUUCCUCCGUUGCUCCCUGGGGGCAGUUCCGCGAUGUCAUCAGAGAGGAGAUGUCUGCUGCCUUCUCCGCGAUGCAAGACACUGCCGCUAGACCGAUGCAGUUCAUCAUCAACAACAAUGCCCAGGCGAAGGUGGAGCAGCACACAGUGGCUCCCCAUCCUGCGCCGCCAAGCCCGCCCCCACCCCCUCGAGAGCCAGCGACGUUCCUGGAGGGUGUUUUCCAGUUCUUUGCGUCGCCUUGGAACCGUCUCUGCAUCUUCAGUGCCCUGGGAAUCGGGUUGUACGUGCUACAAGGGCACCUAGCCAGGCAGUGGCGCAUAGCUGAGAUGAAGCAGCGAGUCGAUGCCAACGUCUUCCUCAGGCUCUCUCACUGGCUUUCUGAAAGGCCAGGCCGGUAG